AUGCCUAAACGCGACAAGAAAAGCGAACCCAGAGUUGUCGUGGGGCGUCUGAGCGGAGUGAACGACAUAAGGAUCGGCACUCCCGCACAUCCACCUUCCUUCUUGCCACCCAAUACCACUCCAGUCGCGAAACGCGAACCUAGCAUCACUGAAUACACAUUUGAGCAAUAUCAAGCUGCCAACCUCAACGAUGACGAGAAACACGCCGUCAUCGGCAAGCUCCGCGGUGAGCUGCCCAUUAUUGAUCGCGAUGAGGUCGACGAUGUACUCCUACGGUCCAUGGGACAGCAGCUUGAAUUAGCGGUCUUUCCGACUUGCAAGAUGAUGCAUGUCGAUCCGGCAGCGGUCAAGCGUAUGCUAGAUGACCAGUUCCGCAAGGCGUACGGAGCGGAGGUUGAGGCUAGCGUGUUGGGAAAACUAGGACUUUGUCGGGUUGAGGAUGCAGAAAUGGUAGUAGCUGGGGAGAGGAUACGUAUCAGUACUAAGAAGAAGGGUAAGAAGCAGAAAGUAGGGAAGGGUGAGGAGAUGGCGGUAGCGGUUGAGGAAGACGCCGUUGCGAAUGCACCAUCUCCGCCGAACAAAGAGGUUAAGACGGCGCCAAAAAGCAUUGAGGAUGAUAUCAAGGCCCAUAUUGCACGAAGAAAAAGAGCGAAGCGUGGGGUCAGGAUGGUGACGCUGCGGUCGGUAGCUGUGUCGCAGAAAUGGGAAGAGUUGAGUAGUAAUUCGUGA